AGUACAAAAACAAAGGAGUGGUGGGAUUGCAUCCAACGUGGCGGAAGGCGAGAUGCUUCAAGCUUCCGACGGCGGCGCAGUGGCAAUGGAGCGUACGUCCCGGGUUCAUGGGAACGCUGCAAAUUCAACUCCACAUCUCUCUCACUUCACUCGCCAUGUUCCUCCUCAAGGCAUGGAGAUUGACGGCUUUCGGGGUAUAUGGGUACCUCAAUUUCACCAAGCCCGGCUUCGUCGAACAUGCAAAGAAGUUCAAGUCGGAAGAGAUGGAGGCUCCAAUACAAGGGAAGAAUUGCAUAGUUACAGGAGCUAAUUCUGGACUCGGUUAUGCUACUGCUGAGGGUCUCGCUUCGCGUGGGGCUAAUGUUUAUAUGAUUUGCCGCAACAAGGAGAGAGGAGAAGCUGCCCUCUCUUCGAUAAAAUCUACCACGGGAAACCCGAAUGUGCAUUUGGAGGUAUGUGAUCUUUCCUCUGUCAAUGAGAUCAAGUCAUUUGCAUCCAGAUUCUCUUCAAAGGAUUUGCCUCUUCAUGUCUUGGUCAACAAUGCUGGCUUGCUUGAAGAUAAGCGGAUCACCACGCCAGAAGGGUUGGAGUUGAACUUUGCGGUGAACGUAUUGGGAACUUUUGCAAUGACAGAAUUAAUGUUGCCUUUGCUUGAUAAAGCGUCACCUGAUGCUCGAGUCAUCACUGUUUCUUCUGGUGGAAUGUAUGCAAGUCCCUUGACCACUGAUCUACAGUAUAGUGAUGCCAACUUUGAUGGGGUGAAGCAAUAUGCUCGAAACAAGAGAGUUCAGGUUGCGCUAACAGAAAAGUGGGCUGAGGUACACAAGGAGAGAGGGAUCGGCUUCUACUCGAUGCACCCUGGUUGGGCAGAGACGCCGGGUGUUGCCAAGAGCUUGCCUGGUUUCUCUAAAUCGCUUUCUGGAAAGCUCAGAACUAAAGAGGAAGGUGCCGACACAAUUAUUUGGUUGGCUUUACAGCCGAAGGACAAAUUGGUCUCUGGUGCAUUCUAUUUCGAUAGAGCACAGGCGCUGAAACAUCUUAUGUUUGCAGCUACUGGAGGCUCUCAUACUCAUAUCGACUUGAUAAUUGGUAAUCUACGGUCUCUAUCUGGCCUUGCUUGAUGAAGCGGAGUCAUUUCAAUGAUAUACCCGACCCUAGUUGUGGGCCGCGAAUCAAAUUUCAGAAGAUAGCCUCUUUUUAUCCUCUUCAAGGUUACAAUUCCUUGUGAUGUUAUAGACAAUAUUCUUG